UAAAUAUCGACAAGAAUUGACAAAAACUGAUUUUUAUGGUUCGUCGAGUAAAGAAUUAUUUAGUCUUCGAGGAAAAUUGUAUCAAUUAGAAAGUGAAAUGAAAUUAAGUACAGAAGCUGAAAGUGGCCAAGUAUUUGAACGAUUUUUAAAUUUAUUUAAGUCAGAUGAUUAUUUAUUAACAUUAGACAUUCUGGCAACAGAAUUAAAAAACGAACGUAUACAUCAAAAUGAAAAGGAGAAUACUCAAUCAUUAGAAGUUUUAUGGCGUAAUGCUAUUGUUUGUCAUGAAUAUCAAACAGACGACAUAAAAAGUAUAAUUAGUGAUGGUUAUUUUAAUUAUGUUAACGCCGGUUUUCCAUUCGAAAUAAUUGAUGGUGAUAAUUUUCAUUUUCAUCAUUUAUUUCUAGAGGGUGUAUUAACACGAUUUAAAAAUAAUAAAAUACUUGUUAUCAGCAUCAUAGGACCACAAAGUUCUGGGAAGAGUACAUUACUUAAUUAUAUGUUUGGCACAUUGUUCGAUGUUCGAGAAGGACGAUGUAGUCGUGGUAUUUAUGGUUCGCUAGUAAAAGCAAAUUCACCUGAUUUUGAUUAUAUAUUAUUGAUUGAUAGUGAAGGUUUAUUGUCAAUCGAAAG